AGGCGGGGCGAGGUGGAGGUGAGGGGGCGGCCCGGGAUGACCGGCUGGUCUCGGGUGGAGGAGCUGACGAUGGACGAGGGACAGCGGUCCUCCAGGGAGAGAGGGGGCGCCAGCGAGUCGGGCCCAGAGGAGGGCUCCAGCUCGGAGAGCGAGACGGAGCAGGAACUGGGGCAGGAACAGGCCGGCCAUGGCCGGAGGAGAGAGGGGCUGAUCUCCACCAAGCCCCACCGCCAGCUCUGCCGUUCCCCCUGCCUGGACCGGCCCAGCUUCUCCCAGAGCAGCACCCUGCAGGAGCUCCGCUCCGACGACACUCGCCCGUCACCCCCCGCCGACCGCGGCUACCAGGCCAAGAUGGACUUUGCCCUGAAGCUGGGCUACCCCGGGGAGCAGGUGGAGGCUGUGCUGGGCAAGCUGGGGGCCGAUGCUCUGAUAAACGACGUGCUGGCCGAGCUGGUGAGGCUUGGGAGUAAGGGAGAGCCUGAGAGCUCGGCGGGCGGGGCAGGGGGCAGUGCUGGGGGUGGGCCGGGGGCUGGGGGUGGAGCAGGGUUAUCCAGAGCCACCUGUAAGGAGAUCAGCAGCCCCGAGGCAUCACUGGAGGAUGAUUCUGUGGACAACGCUGACAACCUGCGGCCCAUCGUGGUCGAUGGCUCCAACGUGGCCAUGAGCCAUGGAAACAAAGAAGUGUUCUCCUGCCGUGGGAUCCAGCUGGCAGUGGAUUGGUUCCUGGAGAAGGGGCACAAAGAUAUCACGGUGUUUGUUCCAGCCUGGAGGAAGGAGCAGUCCAGGCCUGACGCCCCCAUCACAGAUCAAGAAAUCUUGAGGAAGCUGGAGAAAGAGAAGAUUCUGGUGUUCACGCCCUCCCGGAGGGUCCAGGGCAGGAGGGUGGUGUGCUAUGAUGACCGCUUCAUCGUCAAGCUGGCCUGCGACUCGGACGGCAUCAUCGUAUCUAACGACAACUACAGGGACCUCCAGAACGAGAAGCCCGAGUGGAAGAAGUUCAUCGAGGAACGGCUCCUUAUGUACUCCUUCGUGAAUGACAAAUUCAUGCCUCCAGACGAUCCUUUGGGAAGACAUGGUCCAAGUUUGGAGAAUUUUCUCCGAAAAAGGCCGGUCGUCCCAGAACACAAGAAACAGCCAUGUCCUUAUGGAAAGAAAUGCACCUAUGGACACAAGUGCAAGUACUACCACCCUGAGCGGGCCAAUCAGCCGCAGCGUUCAGUGGCAGACGAGCUGCGGGCGUUUGCUAAACUUUCAGCGGUGAAGACUAUGAGCGAAGGGGCACUGUCCAAGAGUGGCUCUGGGCCCUCGGCGAGCGGGAAGGGGGACCCAGGGUCGGAGGCCAAGCGCGUGGCCCCCAAGCGUCAGUCGGACCCCAGCAUCCGCGCGGUGGCCGCCAUGGCCUGCGAGGCGGACGACCGGUCGUUGGCGGCCCGUCGGCCUGACGCGGGAUCGGCCCCGUCCCUGGUGACGGCGCUCAGCGUGCCCACGAUGCCCCCAGUGAAGAGCCAUGCGCCGGGGGCCCUGAACACCCGCUCGGCCAGCAGCCCCGUCCCGGGCUCCGGCCACUUCUCCUGCGGCUCCGUCGAACACACCCCCGGCGCUCAGUACCCGCCCAUCCUGGUCACCAACACCCACGGAGCCCCCCUGGGCUACGGCCAGCCCUUCCCCAAGUACGACUCCAGCAGCGACCACGGCUACUACUCCAUGCUCAGCGACUUCUCCAGCGUCAGCCUGGGGAGCAUGCAUGCCACCGACAGCUUCUACAGCAUGGAGGAGGAGCCCAGGCCCUACCCCAAGACCCAAUCCGCCGCAGAGUCCUCGUAUCCCGCCGUCCGGUACGCGGGCGGGGAGAUCUACAUGGGCUCGCUGGACAGCGGGUUGGAGGAGAACGCUAAAGGGCAGCAGCAGCACCCGCCCCCGCAGACCCAGCGCAGCCUGCCGGCCUUCGCGCACGGCUUCCACCACGACGCGCUGACCCGCGUGCAGAGCUACGGCUCGGAGGAGCCCAAGCCCUGCCUGCGCAAGCUGGCCCGCCUGGCCCCCCACAUCCAGCACCCGCUGGUGGGCGCUCGGUCCAGCUGCCCCGGGGACUACCCCCUGCCGCAGAACGUCCACCCCUCCUCGCCUUCCUCCCCCUCCUCCUCCUCCCCCGCCUCGGGCCCCGCGCAGCCCGGCCGCACCCUGGGCAUGACGCGCAUGGACAGCGUUUCGGACUCCCGGCUGUACGAGGGCAACGUCAUGAGGCAGAGGCGGCCUCCGCUGUGCCGCGAGCAGCACGCCAGCUGGGACCCGCUGCCCGUAGGGGGCGCCCCCGAGCCCUGCGCCUGCCGCCAGCCCUUCCCGCUGGGCGGGGCCCUGAUGCAGCCCUGCUGCGAGAGGGUGAUGGUGCGCAGCAUGCCCGAAAAGAUGGAGCAGACCUGGCGCUGCCCGUCUCCUUGGGAGGAGCCUCCCGGAGGGCCUGCCGACCCCCCCGAGCGUCAGGGCGUGCCCGAGCAGCAGUACCAGACCUACCGCAACCUCUGCAACAUCUUCCCCGCCCAGGUGGUGCACACGGUCAUGGAGCAGCACCCCCACGUCACCGACCCCCAGCAGCUGGCCGCCGUCAUCGUCAGCAGGCUCCGCUCCGGCCGCUGAGCCCCGGCCCUCCCCGUCUCCGUCUCCGUCCUGCUCUUAACCAGAGACCGCUAACGCCCCAUGUCUCUGUCUAACGCUGAAGGAAAGGGAGGAAAAAGUAUAAUAUUAUAUAUUUACUGGACACAAAACCACUGUUGUUUUGUUUUUACAAAAAAAAUGUGUUAAGUGCACUAAGCCAGAAAAAGCGUGCAGUGUUAUGGCCUGCCUUCACAUGCACAUGAGCACUUGUUGUUUAUAUAUAUUUUGCGACUUGACUCUCAAGUUUUUUCCUUGUGAGAUUUUAAGGAAAAGGUGAAUAUAAUUUUGGACGUUCGGAAGUGCGUACCUCAGUGCAUGGGAUUUCCGCUUGUAAAAGGCCUUAUAUUUACAUGACCUCACAUCGUUGUCGACCACUAUUCAUUUUGAGUAUUGAGUGUUGCAGCUGAAGAGGUCUUUUCAGUUCUUAAAGUGUUAAGCACUAGCAGUGUGUAGAAAUAUUUUCUCAAUAAUUUUCCUUGCAUAACCUGCCUGUUUUGAGCAGGAACGUGGAAAAAUGUGUAUAAUUUAGACAAUAUAUGAUGGCAGAAAAAGAACAAAGCCAGUCAAAGCCCAGUUUGCCUUUUGGUAAAUGCUACAGUUAAAUUGGAAUCAAUAUUCAUAUUAAAAGAACAUCAAAGGCUGCCAUUGUAAAUGGGUAUUUGAAGCUGCUGAAAUUAUGCCAAAACAGAUAAUCAGCUGCGUCAUGUUUAGACCCAGCAAUCGUGUUUGUAUUAUUUCUGAUGUUGAUAUUUGCUUGAAGGGGUUGAAUGUUAAAAUUAGACUUUUCCUUAGGUGUGUUUGGUAGUGUCAUGUGCAGUUGUACUUACAGUAUAUUUGUCUGUAUUGUUUAUAGUAUUCGAAAGGCCAUUUGAAGGUUUGCCACUCGUUGUGUGCCUCAUGUCCUGGAGCCAUGACAGAACGAUUCUUUUGAACGUUGUCGUCUUUUGAAAGGCCAGUUUUCUUUAUGUAACGCUGCGUGAUGACAUCGUCACGUUGGCUUAUUUGAACCGACGAAUGUCCGUAAUGAGGAAAGAGUCUGAGCUGAGAGCUGUCUCUGAGGCCUCCACUUAAUCUAACCAUGGUGCACUUUUUCCUUAACUACGGUUUUAGGAAACGUGACAUUGACAUGGUUUCCAAAUUUACCAAAAAUAUAUUACUUAAAACAAGCUUAAAUCAAUUAAUCUAUUGCUCGAAGCUAAGGACAAAGCACAUUGAGUUUAAAUUGAUUAGAGGCCUUUAAUAUAUACAGUAUUCAUAUAUACAGUGUCCUCCAUAAUGUUUGGGGCAUAGACCCAUAAUUUAUUUAUUUGCCUCUCUAUUUGAGAUUUGUAAGAAAAAAGAUCACAAAAUGCACAUUGUCAGAUUUGAAUAAUGUUUACACAUCAUGGUUUCACCAUGUAGAAAUUACACCAGUGUUUAUAAGGAACACAUUGGUUAGCUAAAUGGGUUUAAGUCAUCAAGGGUCCAAGGUAUCAAAUCAGCCUCAAACCACCAUGCUGCUGCCAGAUAUGCAGCAGAUACAAAAAUAAUUAUUUCAUAACUAUUUCAAUAAAUAUUUCACAGGAAAGUGGCCAAAAUGCAUAAAAAUGCCCUUUAUUCAAAUCUGACAAUGUGCACUUUAACCACAUGUGUUUUGUUUUAUUACAAAUCUCAAAUCAUGGAGUGCCAGAGGCACAGAAAUAAAUUAUGGGUCUUUGUCCCAAGCAUUAUGGAGGGCACUGUUGAUAGAGUUUUUUGUGAUAGUGGAGUGAGGGCCACGUGCAGCCUGUUGGUUCUUCAUGUGAAGGAGAGACACUGCCUCCAUGUCUCCCCCAGUGGAGCAGUGGUUGGGCAGGGCUGCUGUCAUGGGUUGUUUCUGGCAUUUGGCAAAAGGCUUUUGCGAUGCUGCUGUCUUUCUGUCUUUUCCUGCCUGUUUUAUAUCCCUUUUCCCUCCCUUCUGCACUAUCUGCAAAGGGUCAAAAUGUAUUAUGAUUGAUGAAGGUCUUAAAGUAUUUCAAAUUAAAACAGUUUGAUAAAUGUACACAUAUUUGACAUUUCUGUGCAGCCCUACUGUAUAGUGUUUUCAGAAAUCUUACUUGUAUUUUAAUAUCUGUGACUUAUGCUGCAUGGUUAAAUUUGUUGUGAAUUCACCUGCUAAACUUUUGAGAAAUGAUUUUCGCAUUUGACCCCACAGUAAUGAUCUUUCAUUACAGCACGCAGCAAAGCCUCAAAUGUCCAGAAACGACCUUUGUUUGUUGAUACAAAUUGUAUCUAUUUCUUGAUUGUAAAAAAAUAUAUAUUUAUGAAAUGUACAGUAUCAUACAGUAUAUAGAAUACCUUUAUGGGAAAAAAAAAUGCAACAAUGUUUGUGACACUGUGUGUCACUGGAAGUAGCCCAAAGGACCUUUUCUUACUGGGCGCUGUGUUUAUAGACCCGAGUCCUUUUUAACCUGCUACAUGGACAUGCACUGAACUGUGGCGUUUAGCUGUAAUAGCAUUAUUGUAUUCUCACUGGAUGUUUGGCUAAAAAAACACAACUCUUUCCAGCUGUAAAGUAAUAGUGCUAAACACGUUCACUGUGGGAACAUCCCUGUGACGUUGGUGUGGUUACCCGCAGCAAUGGUAGCAUUUUCCACCGCUUCCCUGAUCUAGCAAAAACAGGCUUGCGUCUUUAUUUGUGCUUACCUUAACUUUCCUCUUCCCCCACACCCCACCCCUGCCCACACACGCACGCAUGCACACACACACGCAUGCACACACACAUGCACACGCGCAUGCCCACAGAUGUAUUUGUCCGCUUGGAUACUGUAGCUACAGACGCUGUGAAAAUUGCUGGAUUGCCACACCCUUUUUGGGAACAGAAGGAACUAUUUGAGGUCAUUUUUUAAAGUCCAAGUCUCAUUCAUUUUCUGAAAUUUUCAUAAAUACACAGUGGAAAACAAGUAAAAUUUGACAAUCCUGUAAAAAUAUGAAGUGCUUUAGAUUUAGUUUCUGCCCUCUCCUAUGGAAAGUCCUCUAGUUUUGUUCUGUGAUGUCACUCCUGAAAAACAGACAUGAAAAAUAUAAAUGAUGAGCAUAAAUGUUUUCUUAUUUUGCUUUAUUAGACAAUUAUCUAGAAAGUUUCAGGAAUUUGCAGCUUGUUUUCGAGUCAGUUCAUAGGUGUAUUUAAAGUCCAUUCAUAAUUGAAUAGGUUUAGCAGAGUAAAGUUGAGCGUUUAUGUUUUAGUUAUGCUCUAAUUCGUAUUUGUACCAAACCAGCGAUGCAUAGUUUCCUGAUGGGACUUGGACUUUAAAUGUUUGCCUCUCGUCGUUGACACAUAUUUUUGCCUUAAACGUUGUAAAAUACUGUAAGUGCAGAGUGCAAGCCUUUUGUCUCAGAAUCUUUUGUCUCAAAAGAUGUCAGCAUCUGUGUUUGCGUGAAAUGUGUGGCUAAAAGCCUUUGUAAUUUGUUUACCUAAUGAGUGUCACAUGGUUGAGCAUACAGCCAUUUUGUGAUAUACCUGAGGUUAUCUGCAUCUGGAAUUGUCAACAUUUCUUUGACUUUAGUUAUUUAACUGUAGUAGUAGAGGCAUGCCAUGGUAAAUAAUAUAUUUUUGGAGUCGUUACACCUGUAAAUCUUAUCGAUAUCGUUAUUGUACAGGCCUAUUAUAAUUUUUCAAAUAUCUUUACUAUUUGAAAUGAUAAUCAGUUGUAUUUCAACACGAUCACAACAGAGCAACAUUGAAGUUCACCAAAUUUUUACGCACUCUUUGCUUAAAGAUGUGUACCCAGUUUAAGCAACUCUCAGGUAUUAUAAGAGAUUUGUGACAAACUUGUAUACUUUGUUGACUUGGGUUCUUACCGUUUGCUGUUCUGAAUGAAAAUUGAUUUGUAGUUGCAUAGCUUGGGUGCAGAUCUCUAGUGUGUGCUGUAAUUUGUGUUUAGCAGUCUUGUAAUGUACUUUUUGACGCUGUGCUUAAACGUCACACUGGUGAGUUGACUAUAUUUUAGUCUGUGUUGUAAUGAGCUGCAAUAGUUUGUUUUAUUCUUUGUCGAAUGAAACAGAAAGCUUUUUAAAAAUUGUUUUGAAUCAACGGAAAAACAAAAAAAACAGCCGUAAAAAAACCAUACAAACUCUUUGGGUCUGUGGACUCAAACAAAAUGUAAGUCUCAAUGACAAAGGGGUGUCUGUUUGUGUACAUUUCUCCAAAAUGAAUGGGAUGUUUGUGCAGUGAUCCUAAUGGGGUGUGGACGGUGCCAACAACACUGUAGUUCCAGGAAUGUUUCUGCUGGUAAGCAAAUGUGGGUUACUGGGGAACCCAUCCUGUUUCAACAAGAGGAUAAUGGCAUGUUACUUACACUAUGGGGCUCCUCUGGUUAUUGCCCUGUUAUAAGUAACUGGGUCUAAUCUGAUUAAACCAAACCACUUUUAAACCAGGGGUAAUGGUUGGUUACAAGGGAAUCCAUCCAGGCUCUGCAUGCACUGGGUGAUGACAAUUUACUUUGUCAUCUGACUGCAUCGAGUAACUCCAUCUGGACUGAUUAUAGCAACGCAAACAGAACAUCUAAACCAGAGGCGGGCAUUCACAGUACUGGAGCGCAGGAGAUGUUUCCGGAACACUCAUUGUUACCUUUGUUUGCUAAUUACUUUCAAUUAAUUGAAUGUAUCAGUCAGUUCAGUGGUGUAAUUAAGUGUCCAGAUGGAACAUAAAACAGUAAAAAUAAAAAAACAGAGUGGUGGUAGACUGUGAAUAUUUUUGCUGUUAAUUCAAACAUACCCUGAUGGAACAUAGGAAAUAUGGCACAUUUGCACCAGGAACCCGAAGCAGAGUUUAUGCUAGCAAUGCAUGGCAGCCGUGGUCCGUGACGCUGUAGGGGUUAAAGCUAGCAUGACGGACCUACUUAGAUGUGAUUUUGGCUCUUAGUGUACUCUGCAAGUAAAUACAAAAUGUCCUGGAUACAGGCAUCUGCAAAUUUUGUGUCGUUGUUAAAGAGAACCUUGUAAAAAUGACGUGGAAAGCUUAUUUGGCUUUUGCCAACAUUCGUCUGAUAAAAGUAAAGUGGCUUUUUUAUGUUGUUAUUAUUUUUAAUAUAUAUGUUUCAGUGCGGAACAACGUUAUUCUGAAUUCAUGCCAACAUCUUUUCCACCAUGCCAAUAGUGAUGUUCUCCUUCACUGGCUCAACAGUGUUUCCUCAACCAAGGUUAUCCAAUAAUACACAAGUUUUUCUUUAAAAAUUAAUUGUAAUCAAUGUUUUAUUUUGGUUCCACGCAAGUAUUAGAUAUUACACUGACAAACCAAUAAAGUGCAACUGUAAACAUAA